AUGCCAGCGCUCGAAAUUACCCCUCGUGCUGUUGAUUUUCGUCCAGCGCUUGGGCAUGUGAACUUGAUGGUCGAUACAUUCAUUGCCAACGCGAGCGUUGAGGACCUCCGAUCCAUCGUCAGGAAUUUACUCGCCACAGGGCCGCCAGGAAUCGCUCCAGCCUUCACAAACUCCGCACGUUCUCGAUUACGGCAGACUAGCGCUAAAGCCAUGGGAAGUGCUUUCGCUUUCUUCGAACAUCAACCGCAUACGGGAUCAAUAACGCCCACUCAGCAUCUUUACGACACACUCACCCGAGCGCGCUUACUAUACGGCGCAGGAAUGGGAUUCUCAAGUCUGGGAUUGCUCGCUUCAAUAGUGAGAGCCACGCUCGGUCUCCAGUGGGAGGAGGAUGACGAGAUGGAGGAUAUUCUUGCUAUCGUUGACGCCGAUAUUGGGCAAGCAAUACAGAGUUCCAAGGAAGAAAUAGACGGCGGUCGCGUCGGCGAUAUUGCAUCAGCACGUGAAGCCGUUCAUGAUCUGCGAUGUGCGGUGAACAGCAGCAUGGCUGACGUUGAGGGUUGGGGAGGGGAGUUCCCAUUCGAACGCGCAUCCUCAAGUAUACAAUACUGGAAAGUAUAA